UACUUCAAAAUCUUCAAUUCAAUUCAAUCCGAUCACAAUCCGAUCACAAUCAAUGGAGAAAGCGAAUUUCAGAACCCGAAUUCUAGCCAGGCACCUCCAAAAUCACGCCGGCGAAUCAUCAUCCGCCGCCGUAUCGCGGUCGCCGUGCCUCAGCUACGCGCCGCCGGAGGCCUCGGCGGCGUCGUUCGACGUGAGCUCGAUGCGGAAGCUGAUGGACGGGCACAAUUUGGGGGAGCGCGACUGGCUGUUCAAUCUGAUGGUGCAGAGCAAGGUGUUCAACCCGAGGCUGCGGGGCGGGAAGGUCUUCGUGGCGCCCGAUUACAAUCAGUCGAUGGAGCAGCAGCGGGAGAUGACGAUGAAGAGGAUCCAGUACCUGCUCGAUCGCGGCGUGUUCGAGGGGUGGAUGACGGGGAAGGGAUCGGAGGCGGAGAUGCGGAAGCUGGCGCUGCUGGAGGUGAUCACGAUCUUCGAUCACUCGCUCGCGAUUAAAAUUGGCGUUCACUUCUUUUUGUGGGGUGGUGCUAUCCAGUUUUUCGGUACAAAAAGGCACCACGAUAAGUGGCUGCGCGCCACAGAAACUUACUUGAUGAAGGGAUGCUUUGCAAUGACAGAGUUGGGACAUGGAAGUAAUGUUCGAGGCAUAGAGACGAUAACCACGUAUGAUCCUAGAACCGAAGAGUUUAUCAUCAACACUCCCUGCGAAUCAGCUCAGAAAUACUGGAUCGGUGGAGCAGCUAACCAUGCAACGCACACAGUGGUCUUCUCGCAGCUCAACAUUGAGGGCAAGAAUGAGGGCGUCCAUGCGUUUAUCACCCAGAUUAGAGAUGCAGAUGGCAAUAUCUGUCCCAAUAUCCGGAUAGCUGAUUGUGGACAUAAGAUUGGUUUGAAUGGUGUUGACAACGGUCGAAUAUGGUUUGAUAACGUUCGCAUACCCAGAGAGAAUAUAUUGAACUCCGUUGCUGAUGUUUCUUCUGAUGGAAAAUAUCUGAGCGCAAUAAAGGACGCUGACCAGAGGUUUGGUGCAUUCAUGGCCCCUUUGACAUCCGGACGUGUUACAAUAGCAGUCAGUGCCGUUUACAUGGCAAAGAUGAGUUUAGCUAUUGCCAUAAGAUAUUCAUUGACAAGGAGAGCAUUUUCAAUCACACCGAAUGGUGCUGAGGUUCUUUUGCUCGACUACCCUAGUCAUCAGCGCCGCCUUCUGCCUCUUCUGGCAAAAACAUAUGCCAUGAGCUUUGCUGGCAACUACUUGAAACUGCUCUAUGUUCGGAGGACUCCUCAGUUGAUCAAAACACUCCAUGUAGUUUCAAGUGGCCUCAAGGCAGCACUCACGUGGCACAACAUGCGAACUCUUCAAGAGUGUCGGGAGGCGUGUGGAGGGCAAGGGUUGAAGACAGAAAACCGUAUUGGUCAGCUGAAAGCUGAAUAUGACGUGCAGUCUACUUUCGAGGGUGACAACAAUGUCCUUAUGCAGCAGGUUAGCAAGGCACUGUUAGCAGAGUACAUCGCAACUAAAAGGAAAAACAAACCGUUCAAAGAGUUAGGUCUCGAACACAUGAACAAACCUAGCCCUACAAUUCCCUCGCAACUUUCGUCUUCCACAGUGCAUAGCUCGCAGUUUCAGAAUGAUAUCUUCUGCUUGAGAGAAAGAGACCUAUUAAACCGAUUUGCUGCUGAAGUCUCCAAAUACCAAGCUCAGGGAGAAAGCAAAGAGUCUGCAUUUAACGCGAGUUAUCAGCUCGCUGAAGAUCUGGGAAGAGCCUUCACCGACCUCGCAAUCUUGCAGACUUUCGUGGAAGCUGAGAACAGCGUGACAGACGCAUCCUUGAAGAAUGUGUUGAGUCUAGUGAGGUCGAUGUACGUUCUGGUCACGUUGGAUGAAGAUCCUGCGUUCCUCCGGUACGGCUACUUAACAACGGAGAAUGCUGCAGUUGUGAGGCAAGAGGUUGCUAACCUUUGCAGCGAAAUCCGGCCACACGCGCUCGCGUUGGUGGAAUCCUUCGGCAUUCCUGACGCUUUUCUGAGCCCUAUCGCGUUCGACUGGGUUGCAGCUAAUGCGUGGUCGGGGUCUCAAGACUAGGUUAGGCGCGCGAUUGGCCUCGUCUACGAAGCUUACUACUCGAAUCGAGACUAUAUGUAUGUGUGUGUAAAACUAUUCAUGAGACUAAAUAAAAGAAAAUGUUUUCAAAGAUUGUAUAUUCUCAUCUCUUGUAUAUUCUUGACUCUUGGAAUCACAUGGAUUUGAAAAAAAAUUGCUUUUCUAUAUA